GAGUUUCCCAGCUCCUAAUGUUUGGGUCCUUUAGCUGUCUAUGGAGCAGCUCAGGAGUUCAAAACUGCAGCUGUGGAAAUGAACGCGGAGUGAGAGCAACAAAAAGAAACUUAAAAACUCGCUGCCAUGACUGUUGUGAUUGGAUUCGAAGGAAGUGCCAACAAAAUUGGCAUCGGUAUCAUAAGGGAUGGUGAAGUGCUGUCCAACCCAAGACGGACAUACAUUACACCACCCGGCCAAGGGUUCAUGCCGAGUGACACAGCCAGGCAUCAUCGCGCAGUCAUACUGACUGUCCUGAAGGAGGCGCUGGAGCAAGCACAGUUGAAGCCCGCAGACAUCGACUGCGUGGCGUACACUAAAGGCCCAGGUAUGGGUGCCCCUCUGGUCACAGUAGCCAUCGUCGCUCGCACAGUCGCACAGCUGUGGGGGAAGCCCCUCCUCGGAGUCAACCACUGUAUCGGACACAUUGAGAUGGGGCGACUCAUAACCAAGGCCUACAACCCCACUGUUCUUUACGUUAGCGGGGGCAACACCCAGGUUAUUGCAUACUUAGAGCGGCGGUACAGAAUUUUUGGGGAGACUAUUGACAUCGCAGUCGGCAAUUGUUUGGACAGGUUCGCCAGAGUUAUCAAGAUUUCCAAUGAUCCAAGUCCAGGAUACAACAUAGAGCAGAUGGCUAAAAAAGGAACACGAUAUGUGGAGCUGCCAUACACAGUAAAGGGAAUGGAUGUGUCUUUUUCAGGGAUUUUGUCCUUUAUUGAGGAAGCUGCUAAUAAAAUGCUGAGGUCCGGUCAGUGCACAGCAGAGGACCUGUGUUUCUCCCUUCAGGAAACCGUGUUUGCCAUGCUUGUGGAGAUCACAGAGAGGGCCAUGGCUCACUGUGGCUCUCAAGAGGUCCUUGUUGUCGGGGGAGUUGGCUGUAACCUGCGCCUGCAGGAGAUGAUGGGGUUGAUGUGUAAGGAGAGAGGAGCCAAGCUGUAUGCCACAGAUGAGAGGUUCUGCAUAGACAACGGAGCAAUGAUCGCUCAGGCAGGUUGGGAGAUGUUCAGAACCAAUCAGGUCACAGAGCUGGAAGAUUCUUGGAUCACACAGAGGUACAGAACAGAUGAAGUGGAGGUGAUGUGGAGAGAUUGAGUGGACUGGAAUCAUUGGUUUUUCAGCCACCAGGCAGAGAGUCCCACCUGGCUCAGGAAGGGAAACCGAAAUCCUUUUUGUACACCUGUUUCAGGAUAACAUUCUAUAUUUUUGUAAGCAACCAUGGUUAUCCAAAAAGCACCACAACCAAUCAAAUGUUGUACCCCAACCUACAGGUGAGCUUGAAUAUAAUGUAUUGUCAAAGUGCUCAAACUUAAGUACCUGGACUCUGUAUGUUUAAAUAAAAACAACUCAAACUUUCAAA